AUGCCGCAAUCUUCUGGAAGAUACCAGAAUCUAGAAGACUUGAAUUCCGGCCGGGACGAAAUCAAUUGGUAUUGGCGGCUCAUCGCUCUAGUUUCGUCAUGGAUGAUCUUGGGAGGAUACCUGAUAUUACCAAAUGCAUUCAUGAGAGACCCUGAGUUGCGAUUUAGCAAAGGUGUGCUUAGCAUACUGAUUGUCACGAUAAUGACGACAGGCUAUUCUUUUACAGCGCUACUUUGCUUCGCUUGCCGAAAUUGGCUGUUCCAAGCUGAAUCAGUCUUCUUGCCUGCUUUGAUAGCCUCUGCCCUUGGCCUUCUCACUGUCCUCUGGAGCUUCGCCUCGAGCACUCGGUUCAUAUGGAACACUGCGGCAAUCAUCACGGUCGCACUGGCCGGAUUCUCGUCCCUCCUGUAUGGUGUCUUACUGAUUUCCACGCACCGCAAAAUCCAAAGGUUCCGCAAGCAAAUCUCCAGCAUGCCAAACUACGCCGACAGCCAUGACAAAAACUACAUCACAAACUACAUUAAAAAUGUGUACCCGUCAGCAGUAAAUUCCGGUACGAACAUACCACCCACAGAGCAGGAACAGAUCAAUCAACACUUGGCUCGCCUUCUAAUGAAAAAUGACCCAGGGCCAUCGCCUGAAGCCUGGCAAUCAACAUUUAAUAUUAGCUUGCCAGAAGAUCCCAGCCACGAGGCAGGAGGUCGUGAGAUACUCCACGGAAGGCGAACAAACACACAUCACGGGCUCUAUGAACCAGAACGACAAAUACAAUCUCCCGGUCGAAGCACAUGGAACCGCAUGGCAGGUGCCAUAGCUGGACACCGUGGCCGUUCCGACACUCUGACUGUUCAAGGCCGAGGAAGAGACGCGACCAGAUCAGAUGGAGAUACCCCGAGAGCACUGAGUCGCGAGGAGCGACGACGCGAGAUUGAGCUGGGUCAAUUAUGA